AUGAAACGAAUCGUGAAACGAUUAGUUUUCAUCAUUAGUCUUCUACUUUUUUUAUACUUUUGGACCAAGAAGAGUCAACAAAAUGAUUUUAAAUCAUUUAAUUUUUCAUCUGUGAUCUAUCCAUCGCCUUAUGACGAUAAAACGACAUUGAUUCGAUAUUUUGAAAAAACUCAACAAUUGAUUAUUGAUGAAGAAAAAGUAUCUAUCGCUAAAAACCAUAAAAUAGUUAUUGCCAAUUCAAGAUCAAUACCUGAUAGUCGGUUUCUUUUACUUGAAUAUACAAAAAUAUUUGGACAAGAGAAAUUUUGUUCAAAAUCGAGUUUAGACAUAUUUAGUAAACAAUGUCCAUAUCAAAAUUGUGAUUAUACAUGCAAUCAUUCACGUUUAAAUGAAGCACAAUUAGUAUUAUUUCAUAAAUAUGAUGUAAAAAAAGAACAAAUGCCGACAAAAAGAAAUAUCGAUCAAGUAUGGUUAUUAUGGCAUGAUGAGCCUUUGUUUCUUGUUUCACAUGAUUUCAAUCAGUAUUUAUUUAAUUGGACAACAUCGUAUAUAUUCAAUUCGGAAAUUUCAUUUGGAGCAUAUGGUUUAACAUUAUUACGAAAUGAUAAUACAGACAUUGAUUUUGAACAAUGGAUCAAUGAACAGUAUGAAAAACGGUUGAAUCAAGCUAGCUGGUUUGUAACAAAUUGCGGUGCAAAACGACGUCUCGAUUACUAUUAUCGUCUUCGUCAAUAUUUUCCAAUUAUAGUCCAUGGAACUUGUGUUGAUAAACAAAAUUUCAGUUCUUGUCCACGUUUUUCAUCAUGUGAAACGGAUCAAUUAAAAUCAACUAAAUUUUAUCUAGCAUUUGAAAGUCAGACGUGUAAAGAUUAUAUAACAGAAAAAUUUUGGCGUGCACUCAAAUACGGAACAAUACCCAUCGCUCUUGGACCGUUGAUGAAACAGUCUUACGAACGUAUUGCACCACCAAAUUCAUUUAUUUAUGUGGGUGAUUAUGAAACACCACAAUUACUAGCUCAACAUUUAUAUGAAAUAGUGAAAAAUAAAAAUAUAUUUCGAAAAUAUCAUUUAUGGCGAAAGUACUAUUGGACUGGUUACUCAGCACAAGAUAAUGAACAAUAUCGUUUUUGUGAAGUUUGUUACAAAUUGAAUACAGUAAAUAGUCAUAUUUACUAUACAAAUAUUCAUGAAUUUUUCUCCGAUCAGUGUUAG